AUGUUGGCAAGAUCUUCCUUCAGAAAUUCGAAGCGUUUCUUUGGAACCAGAAUGGUGCCGAAGCAGACUCAGCUGUUUAUUGGUGGCGAGUGGGUUAACUCAGCUAAUGGAGAUACUUUCGAGACUAUCAACCCUUAUACUGAAGAACCAAUCACUAGUGUCCAAAGAGCGUCAGUCGACGAUGUGGAUAGGGCUGUCGAUGCAGCUAGAAAGGCAUUUGAUCACGGUCCAUGGAGGAGAAUGAGCGGGACUGAAAGAGGAGAUCUUUUGUUCAAACUAGCAGAGUUGAUAAAGAAAAAUGGAGAAGAACUAGCACAUUUAGAAGCUUUAGAUAAUGGAAAACCAAUUACUUUAGCCAAGAUCGUUGAUGUGUCAAAUUCUUAUCAAACUUAUAAGUAUUAUGCAGGCUUUGCAAAUAAGUUUGUUGGUGAUACAAUUCCUGCACCAGGAAACUUCCAUGCUUACACAAGAAAAGAGCCUGUUGGUGUUGCUGCUCAAAUCAUUCCUUGGAAUGUGCCAAUGUUAAUGCAAGCAUGGAAACUUGCACCUGCUUUAGCUGCUGGAUGCACAGUUGUCAUGAAGACUGCUGAACAAACUCCUCUCUCAGCUCUCAGAGUCGGAGAACUCAUCAAAGAGGCUGGGUUCCCUGAUGGUGUUGUCAAUAUCUUGUCUGGAUUUGGAGAAGAUGCCGGUGCACACUUAGUCAGACAUCCAGGAGUUGAUAAAGUUGCUUUUACAGGAUCGACUGAAGUUGGCCUUGACAUCAUGAGAAAUAGCUCUACAUUAGGCCUCAAAAGAGUCACUCUUGAACUUGGUGGAAAGAGUCCAUUUAUUAUCUGUGAAGAUGCCAACAUUGAAGAGUCGAUCCAGCAAGCUAACUUUGCAUUAUUCUUCAACUCAGGACAAGUUUGUGUUGCUGCUUCAAGACUGUUUGUCCAUGAAAAGAUUUAUGAUGAAUUUGCUGAAAAGUCUGCGAAGCUUGCUUCUAAAGCUGUGCUUGGUAAUGGUCUGGAUCCUAACACAACACAAGGCCCACAAAUAUCCAAAGAACAACAAGAUAAAAUCUGGGGAUACAUCCAAAAAGGAAAACAAGAAGGAGCCUCUUGUCUUACCGGUGGUGAAGAGUAUGAAGGUAAAGGAUUUUUCGUAAAACCAACCGUCUUCGCUGACGUCCAAGAUGACAUGACCAUUGCUAAGGAAGAAAUCUUUGGCCCAGUUAUGCAGAUCCUUAAGUUCUCUGAUUAUGACGAUGUUAUCAAGAGAGCUAACAACACUGAUUAUGGGCUAGGAGCUGGAGUAAUUACAAAUGACAUUGGAAGAGCAUUCCAUCUAACAAAUGGGCUCAGGGCAGGAACCGUCUUUGUUAACUGAUAUGACAUAUUCGAUCCAACUCUUCCAUUCGGAGGGUACAAGAACUCAGGCCUUGGAAGAGAGAACGGAUUAGAAGGACUCGAGAACUACUUAGAAACUAAGACUGUCAUUAUGAGUAGGCCUGAAGGAUCUUUACCAUAAAACCUUCAUCAAUUGGUUUAAAGAAUUU